ACUGGGGAAUGUCUCUGCAAGCCAGGUUAUCAUUCAAGUGGUUGUUUCAAACCGUGCGGCUUCGGAUUCUAUGGUCAAGAUUGUGUGGAAAAAUGCUUAAACUGUCCAAGAGGAUGUGAUCCUGAGACUGGAGAAUGUAUUGGAUCUUGCCCUCCAGGAAGGUGGGGUCCCAGUUGUGACAAACCAUGCCCACCAGGUAAAUAUGGCAAAAACUGCUCCGAGAAUUGUGAAUGUGGACCGAUGGGACUAAAUUGUGAUCCAGUUGAUGGAAUAUGCUUCUGCGUUGACGGAAGUAAAGGAAAAACCUGCAAUAUUCAAAAUGACCCAGUUUCGGACCUCCACGUUCAGCCAGUAUGCCCACCAGGUCGUUGGGGUCAAAAUUGUGAGAAGAAUUGCGAAUGCAAGAACGGAUUGGAGUGCUCCAAGGACACUGGUACCUGCAUCUGCUCACCCGGAUACAUUGGCCACAACUGCGAUCAACCUUGUCCAAAGGGAAAGUAUGGACAGAACUGUGAGUCCUCCUGCGCCUGUGUUCAUGGAAAGUGUGAUCACAGAUCCGGAGCGUGUGAAUGUGAUCCAGGUUGGCAUAACAUGCACUGCGAUCUACCUUGUCCAGUAGGAUAUUUCGGAGAAGAUUGUCAACAUAGUUGCAAUUGUCAGAAUGGAGCUGAAUGUAACCAUGUCACUGGGAAGUGUAUAUGUGCUCCGGGAUGGACUGGGACCAACUGCCGACUACCUUGUCCAGAUGGUACCUAUGGCCAAAACUGUGAAAAUCGGUGCGAUUGCGCUUCAGAUGUCGCCGGAAUUCUCUGCGAUAAGGUAAACGGUGGCUGUCAGUGUCCGCCAGGUCGAAGUGGUCGCCGCUGCGAUACACCAUGUCCACGGGGUAGAUGGGGUGAGGGCUGUCGGCAAACAUGUGUUUGCCUCCGUGGGGCAACUUGUAACCCCGUGGAUGGUGCCUGUAACUGUCCUUCCGGUUGGUUUGGUGAGAUGUGCGAGCAGCCCUGUCCAAAAGGUCGUUGGGGCGAAGGCUGUAUCAAUGUUUGUCGAUGUGGUGACAGCAUUGAUUGUGAUCGAUUUACAGGCCAAUGUCAAUGUCCACCUGGAUUCACUGGAGACGAUUGUCACAAAAAAUGUGAUCCUGGAUACUUUGGCAAAAACUGCACACAGAUUUGUGAUUGUCGACAUCCAGCAGCUACGUGUGAUCCAAUCGUUGGUCAAUGUGCUUGUCCACCAGGCUGGACAGGUAUAGCAUGUGAGAAACCUUGUCCACAAGGCACUUAUGGAAAAGACUGUCGACUUCGUUGCAACUGUCCUGAUCGUCGACCCUGCAACCAUGAAACGGGUGAAUGUGCUUGCCCUCCAGGCAAGACAGGAAGGAGUUGUGAAGAAUCUUGUCCAAGCGGAAGAUGGGGAGUUGAUUGUCAAAGAAUCUGCCGAUGCACCGAUCAGCUUGGACCGGAUGCUGUGUGCAAUCCGGAAGAUGGGAAAUGCCGUUGUCGUGAAGGGUGGAUGUUAACAGAUGGUCACUGUGUAGGACGUUGUCCUGAGGGCUUUUAUGGACCAAGAUGUGAAAAUCGAUGCGAUUGUAACAACGGCGGAACCUGUCACCCAGAAAAGGGCAUUUGUAUUUGCAAGCCAGGCUUCUAUGGAGAGCGUUGUACUAUUAAAUGUCCAGAUGGAUUCUACGGUGAUGGAUGUCGUCUCCAAUGCAAUUGUAUUCAUGGAGAAUCAUGUGAUCCCAUCAGUGGUGCUUGCGACUGUAACCCAGGUUACUAUGGCGAAGCGUGCGAAUUGACUUGUCCACCGGGUAAAUGGGGCAGAAAAUGCGAAUCAAAGUGUCCCAUUUGUGUCGGUUCGCAGCCGGAUUUGAACAUUGGACCUUUCCUAUCAGAUUAUGGAAGCAAUGAAGACGUCGGAUCGAAGAAUUUGAUUGUCUCUAUGGGUAGGAGGCCUCGUGGUGCCGAAAUGCUCAUCUGCCAUCCACAAACUGGUAGAUGUCCUUGCCCACCAGGAACGGAGGGUGAUGACUGUAGUUAUACGUGUCGAGAAGGACGAUUUGGACCUGAUUGUUCUCAGGUCUGCAUCUGUCAAAAUGGUGGACGCUGCGAUCCAGUUAACGGAGCUUGUAAAUGUCUGGCUGGGUUCUUCGGUCCUUUGUGUCAGCACAGAUGUCCCUUGGGUUGGUGGGGUCCAGGGUGUCAAUACAAAUGCACUUGCUAUAGUCCACGAAAUGGCCAAACAGAAUGCGAUCCUCUUAACGGUCUCUGUAUAUGUCCACCUGGCUACACAGGAGAUAGGUGCGAUCAAGUGUGCCCAAAAGGAUUCUUUGGGGAGAAGUGUGCUCAAAGAUGUCAAAACUGCCAGGAGUGUCACUUUGAAACAGGUCGAUGUCUAUGCGCCAUCGGUCAACAUGGUGAUGGUUGUGAACGCAGUUGCCAGCGAGGGCAAUACUUCGGUGAGAAUUGCAAGCACCCUUGCAAAUGUGCCAAUGGUGGUGACUGCUCUCCUCGUACUGGUGAUUGUACAUGCCCCAAUCCCUUCGUGGGACCCACUUGUGACGUAAACAAUAGCACUAUUCACGCAUGA